AUGGAAACCACUCCACCAGUCAAGACCGAAGCAGCCUCCCCAAUCCAGCCCAGCCAGGUCGACGCCAUUUACGCCGCCGACUGCAAGCAAACGAGCUCCAAGUCCGACAGCAACAUUAAUUUCUCAACCCACGUGGACACUCUAAUAAAGGCCAUCCAGGCCAAGCCAAAGCCAGCACAACGACAGCAGCAGCCCAGUAAGAUACUACCCCAUAAACCGUCGCUCAUUAGAUACACGGCACCCGUUACUUACCCACCUGAGAAGAGAUACCAGUGCAGUAUACCCGACUGCCACAAAAGCUUCUGGCAGAAGAGCCAGCUUGAAAUCCACACUCGUGCUCAUACUGGAGUCAAGCCAUUCUUAAGUACCCUAUGCAAGGAGCCAUCAUGUGGUCAACGAUUCUCUCAGCUCGGCAAUCUCAAGACUUAUAAGCGAAGACACACUGGAGAACAACCGUACGACUGUAACAUCUGCGGUAAGACUUUUGCACAACGUGGCAACGUUCGAGCACACAAGACUGUGCACCAGAAUAUCAAGCCAUUCACAUACAGACUUAACGACUGUGGCAAGCAAUUUACACAGUUGGGCAAUCUAAAGUCACACCAAAACAAGUUUCAUGUGGCCACUCUUCGUUAUCUAACCCAGAAGUUUGCUUUAAUUAGAGUGGGCGAUCUCGUGACGGCCCAAGACAAAGAUCUUUGGGAGUAUUUCGCUGCCUUGUAUAAGAAUUCCAAUAAGGGCGUUAAGGAACGUGGCAAGGCAUUGGUCUCAACUCAAAAGAACACCCUGUUAAGUCCAUAGAUUAAUAUCAAACCGUCCUAACACGGAGGUGCAAGGGAU